CUUUUGAGACGGAAGAAAUGUUCCCAACAUGAUGCCACUCUGCACAGUUAUCAGACCCGUAAGUAUCUGAGAUUUCCUUCAUGUUCCUUCGCAGUUCGGGCUUGCAUACUUAAUCCCCGUUAACGCCGGUGCGAUCCUAAUUGCCGUUAACGCCGGGUUAGCCCCCAUAUUAUAUAUCCUCUUUUCUCUUUGUGGCCAAUCCUUCAGCAGCGCUCCAACACGGUUGCAUCGUCAUUGUACAUUGCCAAGUUACGAGCAGUGUUCAUUUGCUCGUCAUAACAGCGUUGGAUUUCUAAGCUCAAAUCCUCUCACAGUCCGUCCGGCUUGGUGCCAGCAACAUAAAGAGACCGUCGACUUCUUUGUACUCGUGCAUCUCCGAACUUCCAAACAUCCAAGCCAUACCUCGACCCUCCAAAUCAUUCCACACCACCUCGCACCUCGCGCAAAUGUCCUCUUACUUCAUCACCGGUUCCUCGCGUGGUCUCGGCUUGACCUUGGCCCGCCAGCUGGCCGCCAAGCCCGCUUCAGAAGUCAGCAAAGUCUUUGCUUCCGCUCGCAGUGAGACCGAGCCUCUGAAGAACCUGGUCGCAGAGAACAACGGUCGUGUGGAGUUUGUCCAACUCGACGUGACCUCGGAGGAGAGUGCGAAGAAGGCCGCUAGCACCGUCGAGCAGUCUUUGGGCGAAAAGGGCCUUGAUGUCCUUAUCAACAAUGCCGGCGUCAUGCCUUCUACCAAGGGAGGCGUCAUAAACAUGAACGACCUCGACGACGUUUUCAAGAUCAACGUUACCGGCGUGCACUACGUCACGCGCGCCUUCUUGCCGCUGCUUGAAAAGGGUAGCCUCAAGAAACUUAUUAACAUUUCCACAUCCAUGGGCUCCAUCGAGAAGGCUCCAGUCUACAACCUGGUUCCUACGCCCGCGUACAAGAUCUCCAAGGCCGCGCUCAACAUGCUCACGGUACAAUACUCGCUCGCGUACGCGGACAAGGGCUUCACGGUCAUCAGCAUCUCCCCCGGCUGGCUGAAGACCGACCUCGGUGGUGACAGGGCCGAUCUGCCCGUCGAGCAGGGUGCCGAAUCCACCCUGGAUAUUGUACUGCGCGUCGGUCCCUCGGAUACUGGCAAGGCGUUUAACAUCCAUGUUCCUGGCUGGGAAAAGGCAGAGGGAAUGAACCAGUAUGAUGGUGCUGUCAUCCCGUGGUAGAGUGUAGCACUCUUCUUGGCUUAAAAGAAGCAGUUUCCACGCCGGUAUUUUGCCGCACGGCACUGGGCUUUGGUAUGAUAGUCAC